AUAUACCACCCCCAACCCUUUCUUAUUCAUUUAUUCUUCUUCUCUUUGCUCUCACAAUGGCCAAAACACUCUUCCUCUUUUUCUUCAUGUUACUGGCUACCUCCGCUCUCUCUCUAUCUCCGUCAGCCUCCCCCGCCGCCACCCCCAAAUCCUCUCCGUCUCCGCCACAGGCUGCCUCCCCCAAAGCCUCUCCUCCAACUACUUCUUCCGCUCCACCACCCACCACCCCUCCUCCACCCGCUCCCGCCCCCGUUUCGAAAACCGCUCCGGCCUCUUCUCCGCCGUCCCCCACCCCCUCCUCCGGCCCCACCGCCUCCUCUCCCUCCUCCGACUCCCCCACCGGUUCUCCCCCCGCCCCCGUCUCUCCCUCCGACUCCCCCCUCCCCUCCGGCCCCGCCGUCGUCAGCGACGGACCCGCCGACUCCCCCGCCGUCAGCCCCAGCAGCCACGCCCACCUCUGCAGAGUCUCCGCCUCCGAAUCUGUCGCCGCCGUCGCCUUCGCCGCUGCGGUCGCCUUGAUGAUGUAGAUCCGGUAGUUGUGUAUGGGUUAGGGUUUUAUUUUAUGAUUAUUGUUAUUUAGUAGUAUAAAUAUUGAGCACGAGACUUUCUUUAGAGACACUGAACAUUUUGUUUUUAUUAUUUAUUAUUCUCAUUAGUGAGUGGUGGGAAAUCAUGUUCAUAGUGCCUUCUCGGAGAUCAUGUCCUUUAGGGUUUCAUUUCGAUAGCUUCACUCUCUCAGACUCAGACUACCAUUAUUAAUAUUAUUACUAUCAUCAUUAUUUAUUUAUCGAUCU